CUCCGGCUCCGGCUGCCCUUGCCCGCGGUAUAUAAAACUUAUGUUGCCGAUUGCCACAUCCAGUCGAUCGCUGAAAUUCUCACCAUCAUUCCGUUUCGGGCAUUCGGACAUUCAUUUGCAAAAACGUCACCGAACCGAGCGGACACGGUUAAGCGCGGAUCAGACGGUAAUCAUCCUGAGCCUGAACGACAAAAAGCGAGUGAAGUGAAGUUUGCCGAUUGCUGCAUGCGUUUUGGGCUGUUGGGAGAUUACUUUAUCGGUGUCAGUCGUUUGGUUUUUCGUGCAGAUCGGUUACUCGAUGCAGACGCUACACCUGUUUGUAUGCAGUUACGCUGUCCCAACAGCAUUCCCUCUCUAAUCCUAAGCCUAAGCCUUUAGGGUUAACCGUUGAUCGGCGUUCGCAUAGGUGAUUAUUGCGCGAUUCGUGUACGUGUGCAGUUUCCAAGUUUUCACCACAGUCGCAAUCGUAUCAUCCAGGGUAUCGCAAGUGUUGUUCUGAGUGUCCAAAGAACGUGAAGAAGCUGUUCCGAAAUCAUAGCCCUUUUGAUUUCUUGUUUGCCUUUCGACAGAACACACACAUCAUGAACAAACUUCACGCUUCGUUGCUUCUGGUGACCCUGGCAGCUUUCGGUGCUUGUGCUGAAACGGUCGAUCUCCCCGAGUACCUGCACGUCUGCCACCGUGAGGAUCCGAAGCUGACCGAAUGCAUGAAGGAAUCGAUCGAAACGCUUCGACCGUACCUGGCCCGAGGAAUCCCCGAGCUAGACAUUCCCUCGAUCGAUCCGAUCCAUCUGGGCGAUCUGAUCGUGGCGGAAAGUGUGCCCGGUCAGGGCGUCAGUAUCUCGGCGAAGGACAUCAAGGCGUACGGUCCGUCGAACUUUAAGCUAAAAAAGCUCACUGUUGUCGAAUAUGGUAAGAUCUACUCGUUCGAGCUAGAGUUGCCGCAUCUGUACGUUGAGGGCCGGUACGUAGUGGAUGGUAGAAUUCUGCUACUGCCUGUGAAAGGUUCGGGCAAAUUUACUGGAAACUUUACUCAAGGUAUCGGUAGCGUACGCAUCAAGGGUGAUCGGAAACGCAUUAACGGCAAGGAUCAUCUGUCGCUCGCUAAGCUCGAUAUCAAAAUUCGUGUCUCCGAUGGACGUAUAAAGCUGGAAAACCUUUUCGGCGGUGAUCGUGUUCUAGGUGAAAUCAUCAACGAAACCAUCAAUCAGAACUUUAACCUGCUCAGUACCGAGCUGAUUCCGCUGAUCGAGAAAGCCCUGCAGAGGAUAUUCAAGCGGACGGGAAAUAAAAUUCUCGAACGUUUCCCGGAGGAAGUGUUGUUCAUUGUGCAAGCACUAACCGCAAUGGAUCGUUCUGGAAGUGCAACAGGUGGUCGUUCUGACCGAGGCCAUUCGAGGGUGACACGGUUACGUUCCAACAUGGCCAUCAGUUUGGCGACGAUGGCCGUGUUCGGGUUGCUGUCGCCGGUGAUUUUCCACGUGGUUGAAGCGAAGGAGAUCGUUAUUAGGAAUAAGGACGUACCGCAGUAUCAAGAGAAGCCGGAAUGGCUGCGAACGUGCAAGCGCGCUAAUCCGAACGAAGAUGAUUGCUUCAAGAAAAUGUUCGAAGGAACCUUCCCGUACAUUGCUAAGGGCAUUCCGGAAAUCGGUGUCCAACCAUUUGACCCCCUGCGGAUAGAAUCGAUCCAGGUGUCGCGCGGUUCCGGUGGCCUUACGCUCAGCGGUGGCUUCAAGAAGCUUAGCAUCAAAGGGCCCUCCAAUACGACGGUCCGGCGAGCAUUUCUCGACUUUGAUAAGCACGCGCUGAGCUUUGAGCUCGAGAUCCCGAAGCUGCGUAUCGACGCAAGCUACAAUCUGAAGGGAAACGUCCUUCUGCUGCCAUUGGUUGGCGAUGGCGACGUAACGAUGUCAUUGAAGAACGUCAAGACGACGGUCGUGACCAAGUUUGCAGUGCGCCCACUGCCCGAGGAUGCAAUCUUUAUCGAGGAAAUGAAAGUGACCUUCCUUGUCGGUGGCAUGCGCAUACAUCUGGACAACCUGUUCCAAGGGAAUCAAGUGCUGGGGGCAUCGCUGAACCUGUUCCUCAACCAGAACGCGAACGAAGUCAUCGCUGAGCUGCGGUCCGAUCUUGAGCAUGGGCUGGCUGACAUUUUUACCGGACUCUGGAACGAGCUGUUCAACAAGCUACCGCUGAAGCUUUGGAUCGCUUAACUGCAAGGACAACCGUUGUUUGCAGUCCUGUGUACAUAGUAGAGGAUAGUUUACCCGGCAAGCAUUCUGCUCGUUUUCUUUAAUCUAGACGUAACGAAAGGUAGCGAGACAUUAAGCGUGAACGUUCAAAAAAUAGUGAUGUUAGUAUAGGAAUUGCUCACAAUAAAGUAAUCGUGUAGAUGUGUAAGUGUUGUAAAUAUGAAUGAAUAAAAUAAAUUAAUUCCAACAUA